AUGCAGAGAAGAAGAAUUUUGUUGAAGAAGUGUUGCUUUCGCUUAGCAGCGAUAUUGUAUAGGUUUUUCCAAAUAUAACAUGUUUUAUAAGGAAAAAUGUAUUAAUAACUUCUAAGUACGUCAUUCGUAUUUAAAAACGCGUCAAAGUGCGGUCUGUGUUGUUCAGUAUCGACGGCUACAAGUUCAAUAGUCAUGAGCGACAAGGACACUUCUUCUUUCGCCGCAAAUAAAGACAAGGACUCAACUCUUCUGCUCACUAAAGACGGACAGAAGUAUUUUGUUAAUAAAAGCGGAGCUGUGGACAGCAGGAAUGUCAAUACGCCGCAAGAGUCUGAAAACAACGUGUCCUCUUUGAGCAUAGACGAUCCGGACGAAGAGAGCGACGUCCUGGAUGUUUCUGACCCCAGAGACGGUGCAGCCAGCCCGGAGGAGCUCAAUGAGGAGGAGACCUCCGAGAGCGACAACGCCCCCAAGCAGUGCACCUACGAAGGCUGCACCGAGAAAACCACACAGGUGGCGAAGCAGAGGAAGCCGUGGAUGUGCAAAAAACACCGCAACAAGAUGUAUAAAGAUAAAUAUAAGAAGAAAAAGAGUGACCAGGCGAUGUCCAGCGGGAAGCUCGAAGAAAACUCUGAGGAGCGUCCGGUGUCUGUGAACAAACAGCGUCUGGGGGCCAUGGGGGACCGUCCAGCCAGACCCUCCCUCAUAGAGCAGGUGCUUAACCAGAAAAGACUGUCUCUGCUCAGGAGUCCAGAGGUGAUCCGGUUCCUUCAGCAGCAGCAGCAGCUCCUGGCUGCACAAACCCGCAGCCAGUCACAGCAACACUUCCAGGGCUGUUGACGUCGAACUGAUUGGUUUGCAACAAAUGGACUGUUAUAAAAUAUAAAUAAACCCUAUUUGGUGCAGAAUCAGAUAAAGCUGCAAAUCUGACCUUUAACUUUUACAAAAAAUAUUUGUAUAAGUGUAGGCAAACAUUUCCCUCCAUUUAAUCCUUCAUAAUGCAAAAUUAAUCCACACCUUAAAAUGUAAAUGUCUAAAGUUGUUUGGAUUUUGAAACACUGUUUAUGUAUAUUUAUGUUGAGUUUUUUUAAU